UUUGUUUCGACUGGUAAGGCACACGUUUUUGAGCGGAUAUUCGGUGGUCGCGUUGUUAGUGUUUAUUUGUUAGACUGUUAGUAGUUUAGCAGAUGAAGUCGUUAAAGAAGAAUAAGUCUAAGGAGUCUUCGAAGAAAACUAAAGUCAAGAAUGCCGGUGACAGUGUUGCUGAUAAGAGCUUAGAUGAAUCUGGAAAACCCGGCGAUUUUAUCCACUGUAAAGUGAGAUUGUUAGAUGACACUCAAGCUCCACUUGAAUUUACAUUAAAAAAAAGCGAUGAAGGUUCCAUUCUCUUCAAAAAAGUGUGCCAAACAAUUGGUGAUUUUGUUGAAUGUGACUAUUUUGGGCUGCGGUAUACUGAUAAAGGAAGCAUACGACAAUGGCUUGAACUAGACAAAAGUGUACAUAAACAACUAAAAGACUGCAAAUCUUAUGUGCUGAAUUUCCGAGUAAAGCAUUAUCCUCCAGACCCAGUUCAUGACUUGGCUCAAAACAUAUCGAGAUAUUUGAUGUACCUCCAAAUACGUCGGGAUUUAACUCAGGGACGUCUUUUGUGUCCGCCUGCUUUAGUUGGAAAACUCGGAGCAUUGGUUGCUCAAGCCGAACUCGGUGAUGCGCCACCAGACCGAAUAGAGACACCAAACGGAGAUGUCAUUAAUCAUGCAUCUAUGUCAUAUGAGGCUCAGUUGAAUGGAACCAGCUCUACUGAAUCUACGAAUAUUUCCAGUAUUAUCAACUAUGAUCAGUCUAUACAAGGCGAGACAAUGGAUUAUGCAACAUGUUGUGAUAUGUUACGAAAAUUGAAAAUAAUUUUUAAUCAAACACCAGAAGUAGAAGCACAAAUCAUGAAAGAAUAUCAAAAUCUUCGUGGUCUUAAGCCAGUAGAAGCAGAAACUGAACUCUUAAUGCGUGCAUCACAGUUACCAACUUACGGAAUCGAUCCUGUACCAGCUACGCCAAUGCAAAAAAUUUACUUACCUGUUUCAAACAUAACAACUGGCAAUAGUACACCAUCACCGACAACAACAACACCACCACCAACAACAACAAAUGGUGAUCAAUUCUCAGUCAACUUAAGUAGUCAACCUGUCAGUCUACCAGAAGGAGCUACAUUCUAUUUGGGAAUUACAGGUACCGGUGUAGUAACUUUUGUUGGACGCCAGAGGAGUGCUGAGUUUACAUGGGAUCAAAUUCAUCGUUUAGCUUGUGAUGGAAAACUGUUCCUUGUCUAUCUGAAAAAAGAUGGCAGUGUUGAUACUGGAAGACGAUUGUUUCGGACAAAAUAUAUUCAGCAUUCAUAUCGGUGUAAAUCGAAAGCUGCAGCAUUAGCCUUUUGGCAUUGGGCUGUUGAUCGAAAAUGUUUCUUCACUUUAAAACAAGCCAGUGAAGCAAAGAAAAUUAAACCAUCUACAAGUAUAUUCAAUCGAAGUCAUUCUUAUCGAUUUAGUGGAAGAUCUCAACAAGAAUUACGUGCCAAUGCUGUUUCUGUAGCUAAUCUUCCUCAGCCAUCGUUCAGUCGUGUUUCCAGUUUCCGUAAAGUAGCAGCCUUAUAUCCAGACUUGAAUGGUUCUCUUGGUCGAGCUACACUACCAGGUAGACUUCGGGCACCGAGUGAAUAUUCUGGGAAUCGUUUAGACAAGACUAAAACACUAGAUGAAGCUAGUCCAUUAAUGACAGCAUUCACAGAUAUGCCAGAAAAACGAAUUCCUGAUACUGUUGUUGAACAACCGUGUGAAGAAGAUCAAGUUGAUAGUUUGAAGACAUCACCUGCUAAUAAAGCGAAAAAGAUCACUGAAAGCGGCAGUCAAUCAGGCGCUGAACAGAAUUUGAUUACUCAAGCUGCUGUAGAGUCAUGGAUUGAGCCAACAAAAAUUGUCCAACAGAUGGUUGUGUCAGAAACAAAAGUUAUUCAGGCAGGAGGAGGACCUGGCAAAGAUACAGAGUCACAUAUGGUAAUUCGUAAACGUGUUGAAAGUUCAAUUCUACCUUCAGCUGAUUAUACACAAGCAGUGAAUGCAUUUGAUAAAACCUUAGAUCAACAUAUCAAUAUGCCUGAACCGAAUGAGAUAAUCAAGUCUAAAGUUCAAACUUAUAUGAAUUCAGCAAAUGGUGAAGUAAUUCGUCUAUCAUCAGCAGCAUCAUCCCCGUCUGAUGAUCAGAGAUUAAAAUCGAAUGGACCAGUCAAAAAUUAUCAAUCCUCCUCAUCAUCAUCAUCAUCAUCGACAAAAAUUCAUACUUAUAAAAUGCAAAAUGGUCAUCAACAACAACAGUCUAGUCAUGGCCAACAAGAAUCAAGUUUAAUGAAAAAAUGUGCUGUCGCCUUGACAGCAACAUCAGUCCUCAUUUUCAUUGGUGUAAUUGUUAUCCUUGAAACAACACCGGCGACAUCGAAUCAGGCGAAUGAGAAUUUCAUCUACAGUGCUGUACGAUAUAAUUCACUUAUGACUAGCUUUCAAGAAUAUGUUUACACUCCACUACGCAGAAGUAUCACAGAUGGAUUCAGCGCUGUUGUCGCCUACAUUAAUCCAUAAAUUUAUUUAAAUAAUGAAAUAGAAUAACAUUACUAUUCUUAUUAUUCUUAUUAUUAUUAACACUUCUUUCCAUUUAUUCAUUAUUAGUUUUCUCUAUUUCUGUUUGUGUGUGUGUUUGUGUGUUUGUAUGUAUUCGUGUGCAUGUGUGCGUGUUUCGCCUUCUUCUUCUCCGUCUUCUUCUAUUGAUGAAACAGUCGUCCAUAAUGUCAUCAUUGUUUAUUUGUGUUGAUAUCAUACCUCUUCGUAUUCUCACAUUCCAUACACUAAAUGUGUGUUUUGUCCACGGUGUUUUGUCCCUUAAUCUGUUCUGUGAUUUGCACGUGGAGAGUUAAUUAAUGCGCCUACACCUACGCCUGAGCCCUGAGCCUGCAUCUGAUAACUUCCUCGUCUACUCAUACUCUCUUCUUCUUGUUCUUCAUAUUUUCACCCUUUGAUAAAUAAAUGCGCCAUUUUCAAACUAAAAAUCAAAUUUAUCCUUCUAUCUCUUCAAUCUUCAUCGUUGUGCUUUUUUCGUUUUGUUUUUUGGCCUGAUUGACAUUUCUAGACAAUAAUUAUAAAAAUAAUGUUAAUAAUAAUAACAAUAAUAAUAAUGAUAUACAUGUGUCGUAGUAAUAUAGAGUACACUUGAAAAAAAGGAGUAUUCAUUUUGAUCAAUAUUCUCAUUCUUUCAUCUUUUUCAAUCCCCCCCUCUUGGGAUCACCAAUUUUGUCUCUCUCUAUCCCCUCUCUUUUGGGAUAAUUAUGAGCAGAUGAAUUAAUCUAUAUUUGAUGAUAAUAUAAAUGAGAAAGGGAGAAAUCAGAAGACGAAAAUACAAUUUCAUGAAAAACUAUGCUUGAUUAUAUUCAGUAUUGUCUGACACACACAUAUAUCGUAUGAAUAACAAAGUAACAAAGUAACUAACUAACACCCUACUACAUUGUUGUUG